CUUAAUGCGUGGAGGCUCCGUCGAUCACCUAAGCUUGAUGAGAAGUACCUGCCGAAGUUUGAGCUCCGGCGUAUGAUGAGGCUGCGCAAGCUACUCUCUGAUCUAUCUCAUAAAUGCCAUCAUGAUAUUCAUAUUGGCAGCAUUUCGGGGGCGGAGAAUCCUGCGGAUAAUGGAACGCGUCCGGGUAUGAUAGAUGUUCCAGCUAGGAUGAUGCCUUUAUCUGGAAUGAAUAUUGAGCUCACUCUGAGUAAGGUCAAGGUGGUCUCUACUUUCUCUCCCACCCCCACCUUAGGCUAUGAUGAGGUUGAGGAUGAGUUGGACGUCGUCUUGUCUUCGGCUGAUGCAUCAGCUAAUGCUGUGUUGGAUCUGCAGAAAGAUACUCCUUCCCUGGAGCCUAGCGAAGGUCUUCGGCAGCUGUUACUGGAUGCUCAGACCGCCGAUCCUCAGUUACGGGAUAUUCUCAAGAAGCUCAGAGCUGCUGAUGGUGUUAUCGAUG